AUUUGCAAAUAAAUAUAAAGAAGAAGCAGUUGACUGAUUAUUUUCGUAUAAAAAAGAUUUUGUUAAACAACAACGAUUUUUUGCACUAAAUUUAAAAAAAAACACAAAAACUCGACUAUAUAUAUAAUACAUUUUUUAAAAUUAAUAUUAAUAACAAGUGAUAAAGACAAUAAUAUUGCUAAUCAAUAAAUAUAAUUUUUAAGAACAAAAGAAUGGCUUCACAAAUGAGCGAUAAUGGUAAUACAACAACAACAACACCUACGCAGACAAACAACACCUUGAUGAGCUAUGGCGGUAUCGGUGGCGGUGUCACCAGCAGUUCUUCGUCCACAAUUUUUAGCAGCAGCACUGUGAACACUACACAAGAAACCGAUAUGUUGCCAGAAUUGAAACCUCCUACAAAAAAGACUUUAAAUUUGGAAGAUAUUGAAAAAUUGCCCUAUGAGAUACAUCGUUAUUCUUCAUUUUCCACCAACUAUGUGCCAGAAAAUAUACUAGUAGACUGUCCCACUGAUCAGUCGUCACGCUGGUCAGCAUUUAAUAAUAAUCCACCUCAAUAUUUAACUUUAAAAUUACGAAGACCUGCCAUUGUUCGUAAAAUAAAAUUUGGUAAAUUCGAAAAGUCGCAUGUUUGCAAUAUAAAGAAAUUUCGCAUCUAUGGCGGUUUGGAUGAAGAACGUAUGGUUCUAUUGCUAGAAGGGGGACUACGAAAUGAUCAUAUACCAGAAACAUUUAGUUUACGCAGUGAAAUUACCAGUAAUUUACCCAUAAUGUAUUUGAAAAUUGUACCAUUAUUGUCGUGGGGUCCCACAUUUAACUAUAGCAUUUGGUUUAUUGAACUUUUGGGUCAGGAUGAUCCCAUGUAUACUAGUGUUUGUUUAAGGGAUUAUAAUAAGCUGCGCGAGAUGGAAAUUAUACGUUUAUGUCUAAAGCACUUUCGGCAACAGGGUUAUGAAUCAGCUUUUAAAGCUUUACAAGAACAAACCCAUGUAAGACUCGAACAUCCUUUGAUUACAGAACUGCAUCAAUGUUUGGUAGUUAAUGGUGAUUUUGAUAAGGCAGAGAAAUUCAUUAGUGAUUGUGUGGAUGAGGGUUUAAUGGAUGAUUAUUUAAAUCGUCAAGAUUAUAAACAUGCUUGGCGUUUACAGCAUGCCCAAGGCAGUAAACAACCAGGUAACCGUGGUGGCCACCAACUGGUUAUGGAUUCUCAAAAACGUCUUAUUUAUCUGUAUGGUGGCUGGAAUGGCUUUCAAGAUUUAAGUGAUUUAUGGGUAUUCGAUAUACGCAACAAUUGUUGGACUCAACUUUUCGAACAUACCGAACAAUAUAAUGGUCCCACACCAAGAUCAUGUCAUAAAAUGGUUUUCGAUCCUGUAAGCAAAAAUAUUUUCAUGCUCGGCCGUUAUUUGGACAAUUCCAUACGUACUACAGAAUAUAUAAAAAGUGAUUUCUUUUUGUAUGAUACAAGAGCUCGCACUUGGUUGCAGAUAUGUGAUGACACUAGUCAAGUAGGUGGUCCUCAGCUAAUGUAUGAUCAUCAAAUGUGUAUUGAUGUGGAUAAGCGAACAAUUUAUGUGUUUGGCGGUAAGAUAUUGACACCACGCAGUGUUAGCGCUUCAACCUCAAGUGAACCCGAGUAUUCGGGUUUGUUUUCUUAUCAUAUUGCUACGAAUACUUGGAAUCAGAUUUUGGUAGAUUGUCAUCAUCCUACGGCCUCUCAACCGGAGGUGUUGUCUAUAAAAUCGCGCAUAACUCAUUGUAUGGUGUUUCAUAAUAAAAAACGUAAACUUUACAUUUAUGGAGGUCAACGGGGCAAAGAAGACAUACACGAUUUCAUAACAUACGAUGUCGAUAAUCAAUCAUUAGAAUUUCUAAAUAGAAAUUCAAAUGGUGGACAAACCGCCGGAACAAUAACAUCAGCAGCAGCUGGUGGUUCCAAUGCUAAUAGUGCUACUAAUAACGAUGGUAAAAGUGAACCAUCACCGGUAGCUCUUAGGGCCACAAUCGAUUGUGAACGUAAUGAAAUUUAUAUUUUCUCAAGUUUAAGUAAAAUUAAAGAUCGUCGUGAUGUUCCCAAUACACCAGAUGCCUCCAAUUCAUUUUGGGUCUAUUCCUUAGAUACUCAUACUUGGUCUCGAAUCUAUUCGUGUCGUUACAAUUACACCAAUUCUACUGCAACAGAUGAUGUUCACAAUAAGGAUAAUAUGUUAGAACCUUGUCCUCGUUAUGCUCAUCAAUUGGUUUAUGAUGAAGUGGCUAAACUUCAUUAUCUUUUUGGUGGUAAUCCGGGUAGAUCUACUACUCCUCAACUGAGAUUAGAUGAUUUUUGGAUUUUAGAAUUGGAAAAACCGAAACGUGAUGAAAUUUUGAGACAUUGUCGUUUUUUGUUGCGUAAAUUACACUAUGAAGAGAUGGCCAAAUCGGAUCCUUAUAAAGCUAUGCAAUUCUUAAGGCAACAUAUAGCUGAAGUCAUUGAUCAUAAUAAUAAAGAACAAUUGAAAAAUUUCCAUAAAUUAGCUUCAUUGCUUUUUAAAAUUGAUGAUGAUGUCGAAAUGGAACAGCCUAAUUUAGAUACAUUACCUAUAGGUGCUGGAAAAUCUUUAGCCGAAUCUAGUUCAGACAUAACUUCAUCUUCAACUAAUGAAGAAGAUGCUGCCAGUGAUCAUACACAAGCUACUGAAGAUUUAUCUAUGGAAUCCUGUGAAAGUUCUACUACAUCUUCAGGUAUAUCAGAUGCUGCCUCUUCCUAUACAGCUUAUCGCAAAUCGGGUGGCAAACGUUCACGUAAUGAUUUCAUUUAUGAUUUACGUUCUCGUCGUUCGUUUCUAUUCAAUAAACUGGUGCAAUUAAUGCCCUCAAAUAUGGUACAACCGGAACGCAAUCUAAGUGAUUUUGCUACAAUAUGAAUUUCUUACAAAAAAAAAAAAAAAAAAAAAAUAUUUCGUUUAAACUACUGCUACAACCUACUGGAUUUC